GUGCACAAUAUUUACGUGUAGCCGCGACAGUCGCUCACACAACUCUCUCGGCAUGGACGCGACACGGCUCUCCAAGAUGCUGAACUUCCCCGGCUUGUGUCGGCUGUUGGCACUGCUGGCAGUGUUUCCCGCCGCCAUAUCGGACAACCUCCCGUACACCACUAUAGCUGAAAAGAGUAUCGCGGGGUACAGGGUGAAGGAGACUUCGAGCUUCACUAUACCCAACAACCAGUGCAGCGGCUUCAUUGACGAGUCUUUACUGUGUGGCUUCGGUGGUGUAGCAGGAGCCGUGCGGGUGAUGGUGAAGGAAGGCACUUCGUUCCCGACGGUCCGCAUCAACCGGCACCUACGCAACGUCACCAUUCUGCGUUCUCAGGACGCAUGGGGCAUCUGCUCGGGGCAGGCUGCGGUAGAAGUUGCCGUGGGUUGUCUGGUGGCACCGCCUCAGAAGCGGCUCCGUCGCCGUCGUCGCUCUCUAGCCACUCUACCCACAGCAUCCGCGGAGCAAACUCUCAUUGAAUAGAACAAGAAGCGAUUGCAUCUAGAUCAUUAUAAUAAUUCAAGUCGAAUGCGGAAAGCGAGUCCCGUUUAUAUUGUUAUUCUUAAAUAUUUAAUUUGUUAAUACGUGAACGUAGCAAUCGUCAUAUUUACCGACUCCACUGUUUGCAAAAGCAAUUGUUUCCACUUCCACACAAAUCACACAGUAAAGACAAUUCUCAGA